CGCGUCGCGAGGUUGCCGGUGGAGUCGCGCCAUUUCCUGUUGUGUCGGUGAGGAGGGUUGGUUUUGUGGAUUAAAAUUACGUUUUUAUCAUUUUUAGAAGUACUACCAUCUUCAUUUCAUCGCAAGCUCAACUUUGAAGGGUUGACCUUCACGUCCAGUCACUGGAGGUUCCAUCACCGGCUGAGCGGGAGUGGCGGACGCGGCCAUGUCUCGUGCGGGGCCGUCGAGCGAGUCGGCGGCCAUCGUGUACCCGCCCGGGUGCCGCGAGAUCACCGAGGACCUCGGCCCAGACGAGCUCAUCAGGCGUUUGAAGACGCUGGCGCACACGUACCAGUCGAUGGUGCAGGAUGACGGCGCCUACCAGGAGUACCUGCCGCUGGCCAAACACAUCGCCGACGACUACUUCCGCGAGUACCCCAGCAAGGACGUGCAGCUGCUGGUGGCCUGCUGCAUCGCCGACGUGCUCCGCGUAUACGCGCCCGAGGCGCCCUACAAGGACCCCGCUCAGGUCAAGAUGAUCUUCAUGUUCCUGAUAAAGCAGCUGGCCGGUCUGAAGGACCCCAAGGACCCGGCGUUCAAGCGCUACUUUUACCUGCUGGAGAACCUGGCCUACGUCAAGUCGUUCAACAUGUGCCUCGAGCUGGAGGACAGUAACGAGAUCAUCUGUAGCCUCUUCUCGCUUACAUUCAAAAUUGUCAAUGACGAGCACUCUGGUAAGGUGAAGAGCUUCAUGCUGGACGUGCUCUGCCCUCUGAUCUACGAGUCAGACGUCGUCUCCAACGAGCUGAUGGACAUCAUCCUGAUGAACAUCGUGGAGCCGGCCAAGUCGUCACGGCGCAACGCCUACCACCUGGCCAAGGAGCUCAUCAUGAAGUGCAGCGACACACUGGAGCCCUACAUCCAGGCGUUUUUCAACCACGUGCUGAUUCUGGGCAAGGAGAGAAGAAGCUGGGCAUCUCGAGGAAGGUGUACGACCUGAUCUACGAGCUGAACCACAUCUGUCCCACCGUGCUGCUGGCAGUGGUGCCCCAGCUCGAG